UAGAACAGUAUUUCAGGGAUAGCUUGUUCUCGUAUUCUCUCCCACAACGAGAUGCACUCGCUCAGACUUUCGAGGAAAGGUUGAUUCAGCUGAAUGUGAUUUAGAGAUUCGAGCUCAGUUUUGAGCCUCGCUGGAAUCUCGAAUUCUGUUGGAAUAAAGUGAAUGCCACGGACCUUCGAAUUGGGAAACUUUAGUCUAGAAGACCGAGAGCCAUAUAAAUUCAAGUUUGGGAAUUCCAGAGUGGAAGAGUGAAGCUAAAUCAGGGAGUUGGUACAUCAAAUUUAUCUGGAAUCAGGUGUGCUCUAGGAUCUUAUUAGAGAGCCAGUGAUGACAAAAACAAGUAUAUCCAUCGCCCAGAAUGAGAGGAACGAUGUUCUAGAAGCAUUUAAUCCUGCAAUAUCCAAUUUCCUUGCGCAGCUUUCUCAGAAAGUUCAAAAUUCUCUGAAGCCACAGCUUAAUAGAUUGGCAAAUGAAGGUCAGAAAUUGACGUCAAUGAGUCCAUUCGCAAAAGGGGAGAGGAAGGGAUCUUCCACAUCAUCCUUGAAGCUUGAUGUGGAGAAGCAACUGCAGGCAUGGAGAGAGAACCCUUCAUGGACUGACAAACCUCCACAAAUAAAGGUAACUGUACCGAAAGAUACCCUUAGCAGACUCAAUGCAAAGGUUGAUGUUGGUUUGCCACCAGAUGCUGUCUAUAAUAUCGUGACAGACCCUGAUAACAAGAGAGUUUUCAAGAAUAUUAAAGAGGUGAUAUCCAGAAAGGUUUUGAUUGAUGAAGGCUCGAGACAAGUGGUUGAGGUGGAGCAAGCAGCUUUGUGGAGAUUUCUUUGGUGGUCCGGGACCAUUUCAGUUCAUGUUCUAGUAGAUCAAAACAGAGCGGAUCACUCAAUGAAGUUCAAGCAACUGAAGACUGGAUUUAUGAAGAAAUUCGAAGGCUGCUGGAGAGUAGAGCCUAUAUUUGUUGAUGAAAGCGUCUGCUUUCCAGUAAAACCCAAGAAUUUGACAGAUUAUCAUGCUUGUACAAAGGGCAAGGGAAGAAUAGGGUCAAGGGUGAGCCUCGAACAGCUGAUCCAGCCAGCCAUUGUUCCACCACCGCCCAUCUCCUGGUAUCUUCGCGGAAUUACCACCAGGACCACUGAGAUGCUCAUUCUUGAUCUGCUUGCUGAAGCCAAAAGGAUAAGGGAAGAUGCCAAAGGUCAAACUUUGAACAAUGAGCUUGAUAUUUCUCAGGGAACGUGUGAUAGCAACUUAUUAGAUAGCAUUCUUGAUAUUAAAGAAAGAUGGGCAAUGCAUAGGAGGAAUGCGAAGCCAUGUCGUAGGAGGCUCGGUGCUACCGAAUGAAUUUGUAAUAGCUUACAUCCAUUUUUAAGCCUGUAGUAUGUAUUACAAACGGAUUUCACUAUACCUUUUCCAGCUAUUUGUCA